AGCGCAUUCAAGCUCCUACAACUAGAGUCAAAGAAACACUCAAGUGUAGUACAGCCGGUUGAGGAUCACACGCUUCCCGUGGACCAUCCUGAGAAACCCCGGUUCACGCUCCUCUCUCGAUAAGCCAGACUCCCCAAGAUGCGGGCCACAUCACGGCUUUUUGCGACUGUGAAGUCGGCAUCCAAAUACCUCGAACCACACACCCCGACCGGCCUGACCGGUCUAAGCACACACCCGUCGCCUCGCCCUGCACUCAUUUACACAUACCGCGAAACCCUGAAGAGACUGAAAGCGCUACCCAAGACAUCAGUGUACCGACAGGCAACAGAAGCGCUCACCAAACAGCGGCUGGAGGUUGUGGAGGCAGUCAAACCCGAGGGCUACGAACAAUGGAUGGAACGAGUGCGCAAGCAAAUCGACGCCAACCCGGCCGCAUACAGUAAACUCAUGCACGACGACGGCACGCUGACGAGCGAAAAACUACAUGUGGACAAAGUGGAUGUGUGGGACGGCCAGGUGUCGAGGCAGGAUUCCCUGCCUGAGGGUUCGAACAGCAAGAUUCAAGCCGAGAGGAAGGCCGCUGCCAUUCGAAAAGAGGUCGAGGUCGUCGACAAAGAAGACAAGGAAGGACGAGUGCCGGAAGUGGAGGAUCUCGAGGUCGAGCCACCCUUGACCAGGGCCCAGGUUGAGGAAAUCGAGAAGAAGAUCGGUGCUGGUCUGAUUGAAGAGGUUGUGCAGGUUGCAGAGGGCGAGCUUGCGCUUGUCGAUGAAAUGCUACGGCAUAAAGUGUGGGAAGAGCUUGAGGAACAAAGCCCGCCUGGGCAGUGGGUGUACUUUGAGCGCGGUGAUAGGGUAUAGAUGAUGUAUACUUCUUCCAUCAAUUCACUUGGAAUGGGUCACAAUUUUGAGUCUGUUAACGAAACAUCUGGACCCUGCUCGACUCGACGUGUUCAACGUGUGAAAUGUGUUCUCGUCGGGCCAUUGCACUGCCAGUGUAGUAGAAUAGCCACUGAUAUAUCACUCGCGUUUCACUUGUGCUGCCGGCAUUCAGAGUCGACGCAGCAAUGUAUCCGGUUACUCAAAUAAUGAACGAGCAAAGCCACAGAAAAAACGCUCUUCGUUGAUUUUAUCAGGGUGGUGGCAUGGAUGAAUGUCUCAUAGCCAUGUCAUCGGUUCCAUACCACCAAGUGUAUUCUUACUUCCACGAUUCGCCCACCACCCAGCUGUGGUAGUAUGUAUGUAAAGUCCGGUCCGCUC